AUUCUAUGUUCAGAUUUCUUUUAGUCAAUUAGCUGCAGGAAUUUAGCUUUAUCUGGAGUUCAAAAAACACACACAAAACUUUUAUGGUAUUUUACAUUCUCAGUCAUUAAUAAUAAUAAUAAUAAAAUGUUUAUGGAAACCAGGGUUUGUUUUCCUCAUCAGUAAGCAGAGCCUCCUUUCUAUAUCUCUUCCAGUUAAUGCUUCUGUCAUUAAAGCAAAAAGGGGACAUACCAAAAUGACAAAUAUGCUAAAUAUAAGCAAGUACUAAUGGUGUCAGGCUAUAUAAAUAAUGUGUUAUACAGUAAAUUUUAAAUGCAUAUUUAGAUGCACUCACAUGAGAAGGCAGACGUGUGGUGUGUAUGUUGUUAUUGGCUGCUCAUGUAUACACUGUGCUGUUGGAUUGAAUCCAGCUCACAGUGACCGCUCAGCAUGACUGAAAGUGUGGAGCUGACUUGUGCUUUUCUGCAGCACAAACAUGUACAUUAUAGCUUGAAGAAUGUUGAUACUGCAGUAAAAUAUCUGCAAAUCUGACAAUAUGAGGAAAUGGUAAUGUUGUUAAAUAAUAACACCAACAUAGAUUAAAAGCUGUCACAGUUCUGCAGAAAAUCACAUACCCUACAGUAUAUAACAAUUUCCUGAGCUUUCAGGAAUAUAUAUAUAUAUAUAUUUAAAGCAUAACAGCAAUACCUUUGCAGACAACAAUAGUACAUCUCCAAAAAUAUAAGAAAACAACUUUAAAAAGAACAUAUAUGUGAAGUUUUUAAACACUCUAACUCCAAAUUUACACUGCAUAUGAUACUGUUUAAUGCUGCUCAGUGGUGGCAUAAAUCCAUUUACACAGCAAUGAUAACCAUAUACUUUGAUAUUAUAGGGGCUGAGGCUUAUUUUUAAUAUAAGUUUACAGUAACACUUACAUUUAGGGACCAGUUCUCACUAGUUGCUUAUUAGCAUGCAUAUUACUGGCUGUUUAUUAUUACUUAAAAAGCCUUAUUUUACAUGACCAUAUUUUUGAUCCUUUAAUCCUAUACCCAUACCUAAACAUAACUAUUAAUAUGUAUCAAGUUUACUGAGGCAAAAGUCAUAAUAGUUAGUUAAUUGUGAGAACUGUUCCCCAAACUAAAGUGUGACCAAGUUGAGGUAUUAGUAGCUAUGUCUUUUUAAAUGUAAAAGGGCUUUACGGUUCAUUUAGACAUUGAUAGCCUUGUGCAGAAGGUCCAGACGCUACAAGGUGUUUGACAUAAAGAUAAUUUAAUGCUGAUAUUUCUGUAACAGAUGGUCCUCCUCUGAUAAUAUGAUUUUGUAUGAUUUGAAAAAAAAAAAAAAAAAAAAGAGGCAGUUACUUGGGUUUUGAUGAGUGCAAACCCUGAAAGGGAGGAUGAUGAUUUCAUUAUAUUUUUAUAAUUAUACAUUAUUUUAAUAAGGUGGAGUAUACUGAGGAAACUCGUGAUAUGUAAAAAAUAAAUAAAUCAAUAAAAAUCAAUAACUUAAUAAUAAUUAGUUAAAUAAUUAAUAAUAAUUUUGUUACUAGUACUUAACUAAUUACAUUAUUACUUUAUUAUAAAAAGUGAGGAUUUUUUUUCUAAAUUUCUGAAUUUGAUCAUGAAAUAUAUGGCAUAAAGGGUGCAUUUUCUGUACAUUUUACAACAUAUGUAUUCUAGCUUCGCUAACGUACUGAAGAAAAUAUUUUAAGGCAGAACAUGAGCUGAUCUGCGGAGAGGGGUUCGUGUGACGUCACGUCAGCUCCCUGGAGAUCGCUGGAGGAGUGAGUGAGUGAGUGAGUGCGCGCGCAGGAUGCUGAGCUGAACAGCUGAUUCUGUGCAUUUAACCAGUAUGGAUGGACAGCUCCAUUCCGCAAACAUAGCAUCUAUUGCAGUAUAUAAAGGGCACCGUUUUCACUAAACGCUACAAAGGAAAACGCACCAGCCUCACAAUGGAGCGUCUUCUGCAUUCACCUGGCCGGACACGCGAAGAGUACCGGUACCAAACGGCGCGUCCUUCAUCACAACUCGCCUCAAGGUCUGGCUUCAGCUUUGGGUCCACAGCACCUCUGAGAGGUAACGAAUUCGCCGCUAAACCGGCCGAUAGCUUGGAUUGUUCAAACAAAUAUGCAGGUGGAAUGAAUCUGAGGAAAAUUAGUGAGAAAGAAUUACUGCAGGGGCUCAAUGACCGCUUCGCGGGAUUCAUCGAGAAGGUUCAUCACCUGGAAAACCAAAACAGAGCGCUAGAGAAAGAAAUUGAGGCAAUUAGACUGAGAGCAAAAUCCUCUGCCUCUCUGUCCAUAGAGUAUGAAUCAGAACUUAGUAGUCUGAGGCAGGAAGUUCAGGAGAUAGGCCUUCAAAAGCAUCAAAUUGAGAUAAACCGCCAGAACCUGGAGGACGAGUUUAACACUUUGAGAGAAAAGUAUGAGAGAGAGGCUCGUGGUCGAGUUGAUGCGGAGGACAGCAUUUCAGCACUAAAGAAAUGCAUUAAUGAUGCAUACCUAACCAAACAAGAAAUGGACAGAAAAGCUGAAGCCCUCGAAGAGGAGAUCGGCUUCUUGAAGAACAACCACGAAAGCGAGGUCGCUGAAAUGAUGGCCCAAAUCCAAGAGGGUCAUGUGACAGCAGAAAUGAGUGAUUUUAGUAGAAGUGAUGUCACUGCAGCUCUGAGAGACAUCAGGAUGCAACUUGAAGGUCACGCCGACUCUGACAUCCGAUAUGCUGAGGAACGCUUUCGAGCACAGCUCGCUAAACUGACCAAAGCUGCUGAGGUCAACAGAGAAGCGCUCAUGGCCACUAAAGCAGAGAUUAAUGAACACAGGAGACAGCUCCAGUCCAGGAGCAUUGAGCUCGACUCUGUGAAAGGUGUGAGAGAAGCGCUGGAGAGGCAGCUGUAUGACCUCGAGCAACGGCACAAUGCUGAAAUCCAUCACUACCAGGACACAAUCAGAGAGUUGGAAUUUGAGCUGAAAAAUGCUAAAUUUGACAUGAGCAGUCAUCUGAGGGAGUACCAGGACCUUCUCAAUGUCAAAAUGGCACUGGAUGCUGAAAUUUAUUCCUACAGAAAACUUUUGGAGGGUGAAGAGUCAAGGUACUCUACAAUCUCAGAUGCUCAUAUUUCAGUACCAUACAUUUACAGGCAGUCACCCAUCUAUACUCUCCCUUGUGUCAAAAGACAGGGGGGUGCAACUCGAAAAGCAGAGCCUCAGUACAAAUUUGUCGAAGAGAUUAUUACAGAGACCACCAGAGAAGACGUGGAGAUUUCAGACACUGGCUCUGAUAAGAGUGGGGAGGGGAGAGAGGGUGACAGACCAGACGAGGAGAGCAGUGAGAAGGAUGCACAGGGUGAAACUCCGCAAGAGGCAGAAGAUACUGAAGAACCAGCCAUGGAGAACGGCAAUGAAGCCAGUCUUGAUUUAGAGACAGAGGAAAAUGAAGUCAAACCAAGUGAUGAUAAAGAGGAUGAGGCAGCUGAAAAAACUCCAGAUGAUUCUGAGGUACAAAAAGAUGCUGACUCUGAACCAACUCAGGAAUCUACAGAAGAAGCCACUGAUGAACAAGAUAAAGAUGAGGAAUUAGACACAAAAGGCACUGAACACAAAGACCUGAAGGAUGACGUGCAGGGAAAAGUAGAAGAACCUGUAGAGGAAAAUAAACAAGCCAAAGAGACAGAGAAAGAUGUCCCCAAACCGGAUCUGUCAGAAAAGCAAGAAAUGACAGAGGAACCAAAAACUGUAGAAAAAGACAAAUCAUCUCAGGAGCCGCAAGAUCCUGAAGCAACAACUGAAGUAAGCACUAAGCCUGGUGGACAGACUGUUGGGGUAACUUCUCCAAAAACUGAAGAUGCUAAAUUCUUAUCUCAAGAAUCUACAACUGCAAAAUCAGCAGAGAAAGAGGAAGAAUCAGCUCCAUUGAAACCUGUAGAGGAAGAUACUCCCAAAACAGAUAAACAAGCAGCUCCCAAACAUGCUGAGAGUGAUAAAAAGACUACUGGAGAGGACGCAAAGGAGGAUACUUCUCCAAAAAAAGACAAAUAUGAUAGUAUUAAGGAAGAAACUAAGAAAUCUGAGCCUAUGGAAAAAGACCAAGAGGAUAACAACAAACUAACAGAGAAACCUGUGGGGGGAAAGCAAGAGGAUAUGUCAGGUAAAGACGAAAAGAAACAUAAACCUGAGGAGUCUGUAAAAGAUAGCAAAGUUGAACUGGUAGACAAUGUGAAAACAGGAAAAGGUGAAAGUAUUAAGGCUAAAGAACCAGAAAAGACACAAAAAGAGGUUUCAAAGGAUGCAGAAGAACAAUCAGAAACUGAAAAGUCAAAGAAACAGGAGGACAGCAAAAGCAGUAGCAGUCUAGUAAGUGUGACAUUGGAAAAAGGUGAAACUGGCAAGCUAAAAGAAACAGAAAAGACACAAGAAGACCUUUCCAAAGUUGCUGAAGAAAAAUCACAACCUCAAAAGUCACAAAUACAAGAGGACAGCAAAAGUGCAGACAGCAUCAAAACAGAAAAUGUUGAAUGUGCUAAGACUAAAGAACCAGAAAAGACACAAGAGGACCUUUCAAAAGUUGUGGAAGAAAAAUCACUACCUGAAAAGUCGCAGAUAACGGAGGACCAAAAAAGUGACAGUGUAAAAACAGAAAAGGUUGAACAUUCUAAGCCUAAAGAAGCAGAAAAGACAAAAGAAGAACCUUCCAAAGUUGCUGAAGAAAAAUCACCUCAAAAGUCACAAAUACAAGAGGACAGCAAAAGUGCAGACAGCAUCAAAACAGAAAAGACUGAACAUGCUGAGCCUAAAGAAACAGAAAAGACACAAGAAGAACCUUCCAAAGUUGCUGAAGAAAAAUCACCUCAAAAGUCACAAAUACAAGAGGACAGCAAAAGUGCAGACAGCAUCAAAACAGAAAAUGUUGAAUGUGCUAAGACUAAAGAACCAGAAAAGACACAAGAGGACCUUUCAAAAGUUGUGGAAGAAAAAUCACUACCUGAAAAGUCGCAGAUAACGGAGGACCAAAAAAGUGACAGUGUAAAAGCAGAAAAGGUUGAACAUGCUAAGCCUAAAGAAACACAAGAAGAACCUUCCAAAGUUGCAGAAGAAAAAUCACAACAUGAAGAGUCUCAGAUACAGGAAUUCCGCAAAAGUGACAGUGUAGACAGCAUCAAAACAGAAAAGGUUGAACAUGCUAAGCCUAAAGAAACAGAAAAGACACAGGAGAACCUCUCCAUAGUUGAGGAAGAAAAAUCACCUGAGAAAUCAAAGAAACAGAAGGACAGCAAAAGCGAUAGCAGUGCUGAAAGUGUCACAACAAGCGGAGGGAAAGCUGAAGUCACAGAGAAACAGGUUGAUGAAACACUGAGUAAUCAACCCCCCAAAGCCCAGGAAACAACAUCUGAUGCAAAGCCUGAGCAAAAGGAUACUAAAGAAAGCAAAGAGAAGAUGCCUGAAAAAGCUGAAGAGCUGGAUAGUGUGACGACCAAAGGCAAUGGAACCAGCAAAGAUGUAAAAUAUGAAGAAACUGUCCAAAAAGACAAAGAUUUAGACAGUGGUGCACAUGAAGUGAAGGCUGCAAAAUCUGAGACGUCAACCAAAACAGAAGCUAAAGCUCUGGAGAAGACAGAGCAAGUCAAAGACAGCAGCAAGGACGACAACUUGGACACCAAAGGUCCAGAAAAAACAACUAAACCCCCUAGUGUAAAGUAGAAUAUAAACAGCAGAAAAUAUUUAUUAAAAUGCCUUCGAGAAUAGAGAAUGUUCAAAUAGCAACCUUGAAAAAAUAAAUUACAUCCGCGUGACAGACGAUGUCAGUUGAGCAUGACUUUUAGAAACUGCUUUCUGGAAGUGUGAUGUUUCUAAUGCAAGAUGCAUGCGUACAUUGUGUACAUAAUGAAUGUGAAUUAUGAGGAAUGUAUAAAAUUUUAUUUUGCUACAUCCCUUGCUCUGAUCAGCCAAAUGUAUGUAUUAAAACAGUGCUAUACAUGAACUGAAUAAAUAUUCCAGCAUAUCAGUGUUUGACUGUAUGUUAAUUCAAUAGCUUUUCCUACAGAGGAACUACAGUAUUGAGUUUUAUAAACUGUUUGGUCAUGCGGGUGUUUCACACUUGCUAACCAGUAAUUGCAUAAGCUUAAAAAUAACCUUGUGUCAACAUGGCAGUGAUUCAUCUAUAAAUGAUUAUAAGGCAUUUAUUGUAGGUUUCCUAGGAGCUCACUUAAAUCUUCAGUACCCAGAAAAACCCUGAAAGACUGUUCAAUAUUUUAAGAUGUCUCAAAUUUUUGAGGCAGGGUAAAAUACAUCAUCUUGAGCUGAAGUGAUAUCAAAUUACAUCCAUUUUACCAAAGCCUGUCCCAGUGCUGGAUACUGACACUAGUUUGGCACUAGGUCUAUAGAGUAGUGGUUCUCAGUGGUUUUGAUGCAGGACACAAGGUUUCACAUUUCACAUAGUACAGUUCAAAUGUUUGGGGUUGGUAGGAUCUUUUUGGAAGAACGUUAUGCUUUUAUACAGCAAACACACCAGUUCAGUUAAUGGAGCUCUCUCCUAACAAGCUGAUGAUCUGAAUCAGGCGUGUCAAAUAAGAGAGACAUUCAAAAUCUGCAGAGCAAGGGUCCCCAUGAGUAAGAUUAAGAACCACUGGUAUAGACAUGUAUAAUGUUACAAAAGAAUAAAUGCUAUUCUUUUGAGUUUUCUAUUCAUUAAAUAAUGUUGAAAGAAUUCCCACAAAAAUAAGCUUUAUGACUGAUUUCAACAUUGACAAAGAUUCUUGGGCAGAAAAUCAGCAUAUUAGAAUGAUUUCUGACACUAAAGACAGGUAAUCAAUGGUUGCUGAAAAUUCUGCCUCGCAAUCACAGGAAAAAUAUAUAUUUUAAAAGAAAUGUCUUAUUUUAAACUAAUAAUAUGUCAAUAUGACAGUUUUUAGUGUAUUGUGGAUUUUAAAAAAUGCAGCCUUGGUGACCAUAAGAGACUUCUUUUUCAAAAACAUUAAAAAGUCCUACCAACAUCAAAGUUUUGAACGGUAGUGUAGAUGGUGACCCAAGACCUCACCAUUUUUAACAUAGACAAUCUAAUAAAAGAGCAAUUAAUAUAUAUACCACAAGCUGCAGAUUCAAAGACUGCAUAGACUUUUGAUGACACAAUGAUCAAGAAAAUUGAACAUUUUUCCAAAUGCAUAAUAGCAGAAGUGAGAUUACCCAAUAACAAUGAACCCAGCUGUGUUGCAUUAAACCAUAAUAAACAACUUGUCCUUGCAGGCCUAAUUACACAGAAAUGUAAAACCGCUGAGUACAUUCUAUUUAAAAUUACUGUUUCCACUCAAAACAGCCCCCCCAAAUCCCAACCAACCACGUGACAUGAAGUUUUCACUGUUUUGUCACUGAAUGUGUUGAUUUUGUCACUAAAAAAAUGAGAUGCCAUCUUCUACCAUUUAAUGGGAAUAAGCCUGUUAAUUUUGCUGUGCAAGAGUAUUUACAUUAAAGUGUCCCUAUUAUGGGUUAUGAAAGGUUCAUAUUUUGGUUUUGGGAGUCCCCUACAACAGGUUGACAUGAAUACAAGGUCAAAAAACACAUUCAUUGUCUUAUAAUAUGCAUUUAUUUUUACCUUAUUUGCUCAACAAUUAAUUUUUCCAAACCCCUCCUUUGCGUGACGCUAAUCUGCGGUGAUUGGACCGAUUGGUCUUAUUUUCAUUUAAUCUUGCCUGUAAUGCCUGAUAAAGCCAGUAGCCCCUCACUGCAGAACAAAAGAUCCAGGGGGUGGAGAUUGGUAGGUUUAGCGAUCAGGGGGUGGAGACGGGUAGGUUUAGGUAAAUGUAAGGUGGGAGGAGUUGGAUCUAGAUCCAACCACACCCCCUGGAUCUUGUGUUCUGCAGUGAGGACCAUCUCGAUAAAGCAGCGUUUGUGAGCGCAGUGCUACUUUGUGUACUGAGUUACCGGGGAAACAGUUAUUUUACCACUUCAAAAGUGCCACCUAGUGGCAAAGAAUGAAUUUGCAUUUUCAUUCAGACCAACAAGAAAAGACCAACAAGUGGGCCGGAAAUAUGCUAAUUUGGGAUUCGUUUUAAAAACGACUCUUCAAUGAUUCAAUCGACUCUUUCUUUUGAGAGACAAUAACGUUAUACGCGGUGCACUUUCAGAUUUAAAACUUUGCAGGACGUUUUCAUUCACUUAGAGCUGUGUU